CAUCCCGAAACUCCGACAAAGGAGACGCUGCUGUGUGUCCAUCCAUCCGUGUGUGCGCGCAGAGGAUGGCCUUCCCGCGGGUCCGCAGCGUCUUUGUUCUGACCUCAGCUGUGUUCCUGAUGUCACCGAUUUUGGGUCUGCAGGUGGAUGUGACCCCUGAACGGGCUCUGUUCAGUCUGGGUGAGCGUCAGCAGCUGCUCUGCUUGUUUCAGGACUGUCCCAUCAUACCAAGUGUCUCCUGGUCCAUGCUGGGGGACCGGCCUCUCACCGACUCCAUCACCACCAACGAAACGUGCUCUGUGCUGACCUUUGAUCCUGUGAUGAUGGAGCACGAGGGGUCACUGCUGUGUACAGUCACCUGCAGAGGAGAACGGAAACAAGUCAGACGCUCGGUGCAGGUUUACUCCUUUCCAUCAGGCCCUGUGAUCACAGGUCAGGACCAUGUUAGACUGGGGGUAGAGUCCACCCUGACUUGCCAGGUAUCUGACAUAUAUCCUGCUGAGCAGCUGAGCCUCACCUGGCUUAGAGGAAACACCAUCCUGCAGAACACAGCAGGAGAUGCUGGAUCCAGGUCAGUCCGGUCUGAAUACAAGUUCACAGCUGAGAACAAGGACCCAGGAAAGAAUAUCAGCUGCAGGGCCACGCUGGAGCUGAAGGACCUGCCGGCUGACAAGAGGACCAGAGAAACCACCGUCCAAAUAAGUGUCCUCUAUGCUCCUGUUAUUGUGAAGAUGUCAGACUCUGUGAUGGUGAUGGCUGGCUCUCCGCUCACUCUCACCUGUUUGGCAGAUGGAAAUCCUAAGCCGACCAUCACCUGGAGCUUCACGACAACAAACGGCCAAUCUCUGCAAUGCGGUCAAGGUAGUCAGCUCAGCUUUACAGCAAUUAAACUGUCUGACACCAGACAGUACGAGUGUGACGCCCGCAACUCAGAAGGAAACUACACCAGCACUCUGGACGUCACAGUUCACGCUCCACCCACCAACACAUCCCUCUUAGUAAUUCCAGGUGAGGAGGUGGUGGAGGGUCAGCAGGUGACCUUUGGCUGCAGCUCAGUGGGUGCGCCACCCCCCACAUUGGUGCUGAGCAGAAAUGGGAUAGAACUUCAAAGAGUUAACUCAGCGUCCUUGUCCUCACUGAACUUCAGCCUCUCCUCUGCCCUGCUGGAACACUCCAACCUCUACCAGUGUGAAGCCUCUAACCAGUAUGGAUCCCAGAUUGUCUCUAGCUCUGUUACUGUCAGAGCUCACCCUCUGCAGGUGGAGGCGAGUCCUCAGGUCUCAGCAGAGCGGGGAUCAGCUCUGAGUCUGACAUGCAAGGCUUCUGGCUGUCUCCACACUCCCACCCUCACCUGGAGGAGGACUGACCUGCACCACACUGUCCUCCAGAGGACCUGGCAUCAGGAUGGACUGUCUCUGCUCCACCUGCAGGAUCUGGAUCUCCAUGAUAGGGGUGAAUACAGCUGUCAGGCCGAGUGUGACUCCGUCAUCAGGACCAGAAACAUCCAGGUCCACGUCUAUUCGUUUCCAUCUGAUCCCAUACUGGAGGAUCCUGGCCCUGUCCUGCUGGGCCAAGAGGCAGUCUUUCACUGCGAUGUCAUUAAUGCCUUCUCAGCCAAUCAGCUGAGAAUCCGGUGGCUUUUGGGAAACACAACGGUGACGGUAGAGUCAUUCAGGUUCUCCAGUGUUUUACAGAACGUCUCUUCUACUCUUCAGCACCGGGUUGAUGAGGAUCAGCAGGUGUUGACCUGCAGCGCAGAGCUACUGACAGAAGACCAAGACUUGUGGAGGUCCAGGAGGACCAGCGUCCCUCUGCAGGUCCACUAUCAUCCAAGGAAUACAUCACUGUUAAUUAGGCCAGGUGAGGAGGUGGUGGAGGGUCAUCAGGUGACAUUUAGCUGUCAUUCAGACGGAGCUCCAGCCCCAACACUGGUGCUGAGCAGAAAUGGGACAGAGCUUCAGAGAAUUAAACCAUCCUCCUCAUCCUCACUGACCUUCAGCCUCUCCUCCAUCCUGCUGGAACACUCUGAUCUUUACCAGUGUGAAGCCUCCAACCAGUAUGGAUCUGAACUGGCCUCUCACUUCAUCACUGUCAAAGCUCCUCCAAGGAACACCACAGUCCGCAUCCUGCCAUCUACAAUGGUCCAGGAGGGACAAAAUGUCACUGUUUGCUGCCAAACCAUCAGCUUCCCACCAUCAGCUGUGAUUCUCAAGAAAAUGACCAAUGGCACAGAGUUAUAUUCUACCAAUGGAACUUUCGUAUUGGUCAAUGUCACAGCCAAAGACUCUGGGCUAUACCAGGUCAAUGUGACCAACGACCUUGGGUACCAGGUCAAAAUCUUCAACAUCAGUGUCAGAGAGAGAAAAUCCAAACUUCCCUCCAGUCUCAGCAUCAUCAUCAUCCCAGCUGUCUGCAUUGCCACUGUGCUAGCAGCUUCUGCUCUGUUUCUCGACUACUUAAGGAGAUCCAGGAAGAAAGGCUUUUAUCAACUACCCCAGUCUGCUCCACCUUCAGCCUGAGGCCGACACUGGGCAAGAAGGCUCAUGGUUCAUGUGGCUACCAAGUUUCAACAUGUAGCUUCAAAGUCCCAUCUGAACACGUUGCUGCCAAAUUCUAAAAAUGUGACUACCAUGUCCCUAAAAUUUGGAUGAUGCGUCCUUGAAUGUGGCUACUACAGGACAUGAUCUCACCAUAUGCUUUGUGCUUUUAAACAUAUGGCUUUGAUAUUCCAAGAUAUGACCAUCUUGCCGGUAUAUGUGGCUAGCAAAUUACAUCAUGUAGCUUCAGUAUCCCAUUUUGUAUCUACCAUAUCCCAGCUACACAAUAGCACUGACAAAUAUAUGGCUAUUAUUUUCGAACAUGUUCAGCUCAGCAUGCAGGUACCAUGACCUGGUACCUGCAGCUCUUAAUAAGAACAUGUGGCUAUCAUGUCCUUACAUAUGGGUAACAGCUUCCAUCACCUGGCUGUCACGUAUAACUACCACCUCUGCAUAUGUGUUUUACAGUACAUGGCCCUACCACAUCCCACUAUAUACAUAUAAGCUUCAUGACACGUGGCCACGUUGUAACAUGUGACUUUGAUAUCCUAAUGUGUGACCACCACUUCUAAUAUCGUGUUGUGUGGUAAUCAUCUUCAGCGAUGUGGUUGCAACAUCCUAACCUAGCAUUUCCAAAAUGUGAUUGCCACCUUUUAACAUUUUACUUCCACUUCUCAUAAUCCCAAUAUGUUUUAAGUCUCUGAUACUCCCUAAUAUCCCAACAUGAUGCAAGUACCGUACAGUGUCUGCCAACAAGCAACUGCAGCAACACAACAUGUGGUUACUGUCACCAUAAUGCGAAGACUACUGCUUCCCAGCUUGCGGAUACCAAACCUUAUCCUAUCCUAUCUUUUGGAUAUUGUGACUACUACCUCCUGAUACAGUAUAUGGUUAUCAUUUUUCAGCAUGUGGCUUGCUACUUUUUCAACCCGGUCCAAAAAUCUACCUACUACUUCCCAACUCAUGGCUGCCAAGUUUUAAAUGUGACUCUGUUAUUCCAACACGUGAAUAACAUCCAUGGCACUAAUCAACAAGUCUGCAAGAGUCCAGCUGGAAAAAUAACAACUGCCUAUUGCUCAAUAAUGUCCACUGUCAGCUUCCAGCAGCUUUGUAUUCUCUCUUCUCCAGGGUCUGCUGAGUUAGUGACUUUUCAGCCACUAUGAACUCUGACUUUCCUUUCAGUGAAAAGCCUCUUUAACUGCUCAACUUGAAGAUUCAAAUAGAAAGCAGAAAUGUUGCUUUUAACCCAUGAGCUUACAGACUGUUGUCCUUCUGUCUGUGGGAAAAAGACUUAAACAUUCAGACUGACACAGUUAGUUGAACUCCUCUAAAACGUUUCACAAUCUUCACCUUCCUCAGAUCUUUUGGUUUGGUAUUGCUGCACACUUGGCGUUAAUGCUGAAUUACCUGCUGGGUUAUACAGUGUAUCACAAAAGUGAGUACACCCGUCACAUGUCUGCAUAUAUUUAAGUAUAUCUUUUCAUGGGACAACACUGAGAAAAUGACACUUUGACA